AUGUACUGCUUGCGUGUCAGAAAAGGAAGUGGUGACCUAGCGAGGGACAUGGAAGGGGCUGCCGCCGAUAUUGAGGCGGCUAACGUGGCGAAUCCGGAAAGGGAGUGUCGAUUUGACUUUCCCCGUGCCUUGCGGGAGCUAGCCGCGGUCAUCAGGAAGGAAGGCAAGUCGUACUACAUCUUCGAGGCGGCCCGCAACGACAACCUUAUGAAUCACUUCAAUCCUGCCAUCAUUCUGGGAUGGCUAGCCAACAUUGACAUAUCUCCAUGCACCAGUUUACAAGCAGUCAUUACAUAUGCUGCCAAGUAUUGCAGCAAAUCGGAGAAGAAGACCGAGCCUUACUGUAAGCUUGCAGACCAGGUUUUGCCGCACAUCGCACACCUGCAACCCCUACUGUCCUUCUCCUCUCGUCUUAUGAAUAAGCUGAUUGCCGAGAGGGAUUAUUCAGCGCAGGAGAUUUCCCACUUGCUGCUCAACAUCCCUCUGCAGGAAGGGACUCGGAUGGUCGUGUACGUCGACUGCCGCCCGCUGGAACAGCACGUGCGGUCGUACCGUGUCGAUGAUGAUGUUAGUGAGGCUGUCGGCAGCUACCGGAAAUAUCUGCAGAGAAAUGACCAGCAUGAGAGUAUUACUUAUCUCGAGUAUUUGCAGUCGUACAAUCCCAAGACGUGGAGGAGACUCGGUGCGAACGCAAAAAAGAGGGUUCUGUCCUACUUUCCUCGCUAUAGACCUGUGGAAGCUUCAGCCCAGUUUCAAGACUUCUGCCGUGUCAAGUUGAUGAUGGCCCAUCCGCAUCGCUCCCCGGAGGAGUUGCUUGCUGUGGACGGGCAGUGGUUUGAGUCCUUUGUUGCAGUGUACCAGUGCUGCCGGCAGCGACACCAUUUCCAUGAGGACGACCAUUACGGUGAGGUGGGAAAAAGCGAGCUCCAAGCGGAGGACGAUGAGUUUGAGCAGGAGGUGCAUGACGAGCCCAUUGUAGAGGAGGACUGGCAUGAACUCGCCCGCAUGCUGCCAGACCGGCCGCUGGAGGAAGAAGAUAUCGACGUACUUGGCCGCCGAGAGGAGGACUGGCAUGAACUCGCCCGCAUGCUGCCAGACCGGCCGCUGGAGGAAGAAGACAUCGACGUACUUGGCCGCCGAGAUAUCGACGUGAAUUAUGACUGGACUCCCCACGUUGGACGAUAUACCAACGAAGACAUUCUCCGCGGUAACUACUGGAAGCGACCCCUUAGAAGCUCGCGAUUCUCUCAAUCCGGAGCAGCGCCUAGUGUAUGA